UGGAGUCUCACCUUCAAUACUCUAAACCCCCUUAUACAUAUAACUGUGUGUCUGACUGCGGCGAUUGCGGGUGAUUGCGUGACGUGGUUGUGUUUGUGUUGUUGUUGUUGAACUCUCCUCCACUGGUUAAUAAAUAAAUGUACCGCACCCUUCAAACUAUCCCCAUUCCUAAUGAGCAAGCUACGCUUCUUUCAUUGUUCUUUGGUCGCGUCAAGGGUUCUGGCACUGCUCUGUCCUGGCAAACUGCAAGAUCCGAGCCCAUGGCCAUGCUAUGCAUGCAUACAGGCCCGUUUACUCUGGAGUAUUAGUACCUGGUAUCGUUGAGACGCUUCCAUCGCAGCCCUGGUCAGCUCUUGGUUGUUGUUGUUUAUGUAGUAGACUACCUCCACCCAACAGACUGAGGUAUAUCCAAGGGCAUCGUUUUCUGUGUCACACACGGUGACAUUCACUUUCUGCCAGGUUUCGGAUCCUUCAGUUGGUGCUCUUUCGCAGUGGAAUUUAUUUUAUUUGGUUGGGCUCGAUCGAGAGAAAGGAUUAUAAAUAAAUACAAGUACAAGUACAAGGCAAGAUGCACGUGCCAUUUGAAGCUGGAUUAGGAUGGAUCCACCUGGCGCACAAGAAUGCCGAUAUGCUUCUGCUGAUCUCCAUCGCUUCGCUGGGUUUGCUGCCUUUGGUAUCCAUCUACAUUAUCGAGACUGAAAAGUACGAGGAGACGGCAACACUGGCGUCGCCACGGACGACGUCGGAGUUUCUACGGUCGUCCAUGCGAUGCCUUGUUUAUAUGGCCAUUCUAUUUCCAUAUCUGCUGGCACUCCUUUCGACGUAUGUUUCCAUCCAACUAAUUCGAGGCCAGAGUCUUGAUGAGGAAGGCGAUGGAACGCAGUUUCCGUACGGAGAUGAAACUUCCCCAAAGGCAACAUGUAAUGGAGCUACCAUGUUUUGGUUGUACUACAGAAACACAAAGGUUCUGGAGGAAGAUGAUAGGGUCGUCUGCGACACUACGAAAGAAACAACAACAGCGACCAGUGCUACCGACACUCUUCCAGUCUGGUGGAAGCUACCCCUUCCAGAAUCUCAAAACACAAUCAUCUGUGAUCAGGAUGCUGCUGACCAUGGACCAGUGGCACUAGUAGAGGCAGACAAGAACUUUCGUCUGGUGACUGAAGAUUGUGCCAUUUGUAUGCAUCCAUAUCAUGCCGGUGAACGAAUUGUAUGGUCUUCCAAUCCCAGCUGCAUUCAUUGCUAUCACUUUGCUUGCCUCCAAGCUUGGAUGGAGCCCUGGGACGCUCGGUCAAAGCGUUGUCCGUGCUGCCGACAAUCCUUUGUAAAUCCGCAACAAUAAAUAGACGGGCGAUGAAGCCAUCGAUGCUUAUUAUUCAUGGAAUACACGCAUGUAUAAACGCACGCACGCACAGCAGCCUUUUGCGAGGUGGAUCCUGUUCUGCACAACAACCAAGCUGGACUCAUGGUGACCACCAAGGAGGGAUAUUGCGGCUGGACAACAACAACAACCCUUCUAUCCGACCCUUUGACAAACAACAAGAACAAAGCAGGGAGCUACCUACCGUACAGUAGUCAGCUACCGAAGGAGGGCAAGUUUAUUAAUGGUCCCAGGGUUUCUACCACCAAAGCGCACACCUUUGGUGCGAUAAGGAGAAUUAGUAGAUGUGCUAUGCUUUCUGCUCGCCGAUGAACACAAUUCAUGUCACAGGUUUGCCGUGAGUUGUAUGCAACUCCAAGGGUUCAGAGAACCCGUAUCGAUAGGGUCUUGUCAUGUCUCUUUCUCCAACCGAUCUACAAACUUGCUAGAGAGCGAUCACUCAUUUCUUGGGAAGCUGAAACUACGACAAGUGAGGGGGGACCGUUGCGCUGCCGCAUUCGAAGGAAUAUAAACAAUAUAAAUCUCGGUCUAUGUUC